AUGCUGAUGAUCGAACCUCCCGUCGCUGCCGUCCGUUUCUCCGCCGCGAACUUCGACUCCGCCACCCGCCUCCUCCCUCGCUCUGCCGCUUUCUUUGUCCCCCGGAAUAAAUAUAGAAGGUUAACGGAUAAUUUAGUUGGAAGAAGGUGCAAUGGAAGGAUCAGAAACGGAAAAGGAGUAAGAGCGAUGGCAAAAGAGCAGUCGAGCUCGGGGCCAGUGAAGCAGAGUGCUAAGCCUCAAAGGUAUCACCCGUCCGAGGAAAUUGCGGAGUCAGAAUUAACGGCCAAUGAAUCGGCUAGACUCACGCCAGCCGAAACUACUCGAACUAUAAUUGAGGUGAAUAGCAAAGCAACACUGAUGUUUUCAGGUUUCUUGAGUGACGAAAUUCAAGAGAACAUUUUCUGGCCAGAUUUACCUUAUGUAACUGAUGAGUAUGGAAAUGUUUACUUGCAAGUAAAGAAUGAUGAAGAUGUUUUGCAAGCUCUAACUUCCGAGGAAACCAUUGUGCAAGUUAUUAUUGGACUAGAUACAGAAGAAAUAAUCAGUGAGAUGGAGGAAAUUGAUUUUGGCAUAGAUGAGCUCGAUGACGACAAUAGUGAUUUUGAUGAGGAGGAUGACGAUGAUGAGGAUAGCGACGAUGGUGAAGAUGAUGAUAAUUAUGAAAAGGACUUGGUUGCCAUUCUUGAUGACGACGAAGACGAGGACGAGGAAUCUGAUGGAUCACUAGGGGACUGGGCUAAAUUGGAGACAAUGCGAUCUUCUCAUCCUAUGCAUUUUGCCAGAAAGUUAACUGAGGUUGUAUCAGAUGAUCCCGUAGAUUUUAUGGAACAGCCUUCUGCUGGUCUUGCUAUACAAGGCCUUCUAAGACCUGCAUUUAUGGAAGAACACUCCAUAAUACAGAAGCAUAUGUCUGGCCAUCAAUCAAGCAAUGCUGAUGUAAGUCAGAUUGCCAAAGAACAAAAGCCAGGAGGAAUUGUUAAGAUCAACGGUCAUAAACAUGAAAAGGAACCAGCUCAAGAUAUCCCAACUUGGUCAGAGGAAUUGGAGAAGGAUGAAAGUCUCAGAAAUGGAAUUUCGUUUUACAAGCUAGAGAUGAUUAAAAUUCAGUUAGUUUCAGCACACGGACAUCAGAGCUUUGUUGAAAUAGAAGAUUUUAGGAGAGCCAGACCUGAUGUGAUAUCACAUUCAGCUGCAAAAAUUAUAUCCCGUCUUAAAGCAGGUGGAGAAAAGACCACGCAAGCUCUUAAAUCUCUGUGUUGGAGAUGCACGGGUAUGCAAGUACAGGAGGUAGCUCUUAUAGGUGUGGAUAGCCUUGGUUUUGAAUUGAGAGUUUGCUCGGGAACACAAGUGCAGACAUUGCGCUUUGCAUUUAAGAAACGGGCCUCUUCAGAGUAUAGUGCUGAAAGACAAUUGAAUGAUCUACUAUUUCCGAGAUCCCCCAGGAAAACAAAGACCUGUCUUAUUAUACUGAUAUCUUCUUCAUUAUACUCGGAUUCAACUGUUUCACUACAGAAAUAUACUUGUUUUACGUGUGCAAAUUCUGCUGUUGUAAUCGCCUUCACUUAUAGCUUUGUUGAAAUAGAAGAUUUUAGGAGAGCCCGACCUGAUGUGAUAUCACAUUCAGCUGCAAAAAUUAUAUCACGUCUUAAAGCAGGUGGAGAAAAGACCACGCAAGCUCUUAAAUCUCUGUGUUGGAGAUGCAUGGGUAUGCAAGUACAGGAGGUAGCUCUUAUAGGCGUGGAUAGCCUUGGUUUUGAAUUGAGAGUUUGCUCGGGAACACAAGUGCAGACAUUGCGCUUUGCAUUUAAGAAACGGGCCUCUUCAGAGUAUGGUGCUGAAAGACAAUUGAAUGAUCUACUAUUUCCGAGAUCCCCCAGAACAAAAUAUUGA